CCGCGCCGCGCGCGACCCGCCGCCGGCCCCGCCGGCUCGCCCCCCCCGCCCGCGCCGGCUGGGCGCAGGGCGGCCCCCGGGCGCAUGGUUCCGCUGGCGCGCCUGGCCGCCGCGCUGCCGGUGGCCUGCGCGUGCCUUCUCGGGUGGGGGACCGGGGGGGCGCCUGGCGCAGGACUUGGAGAAGGCGGCCAGGAAGGUGAAGCUGGACGAGCCGCAGCGGAUCCUGCAGGACAUCCAGAGGCACCCCGACAGGAUAACCCAGGACGCAGCCAAGGGUGCCGACGGCGUCCUGAAGGAGAUAGACGGCAGGAAGGUUGGCGAGGAGAUCGAGGACACCGCUGGCAAGGUCCUGCGAACGGCGAUACCGGACAUCUCCGCCGCCGACAUCGAUAGGA